AUGGCAGCAGAUUCUCGGGAUCAAGCUUCACAGGCAGAAGCUCCUACAAAAGCGGAGCCAACUACGGCAGACGGAAAGACGAAAUAUGAAAUAUCCAAGUCGCAAGUGGGCAAGCUAUGGGAGGAGCUGGGAAAUCCUAAAGAACCGGUCAAUUUAAUGCCUGGUGGCACCUAUAACUCUGCGGGCGGUAAACCAAAGGAAGUCACGGUUAUGGAUUCGCUAAGAUCGCUAUCCCUCGAGAAGUUUGCAUCGGUAUACAAAGCACCUUGCGCGCGAGAUUCUCUUCUGUUGGGAAUAGGCACAGGGUUCAGUGUUGGCGGUUUGAGGGCUAUACUUGGAGGUCUCAAGUCGUUAUGGAGUGCUAGUAACUGGGCUGUUGGCUCUUUUGCAAUUGUGUCGCUGGCUGCACAUGAAUACUGCCAGAGGCAGAGAGCCAUUGAGCGCGAAGGAAUGAAAGAAGCAGCAGAGCUCAUGAGGGAGCUUAAACUCAAGAAGCAAAAGGAGAGAGAAGCUGCCAGGAAGUUACAUGAGGAAGAAGAGGCUCAGAAAGCAGAAGAGACACGCCGGAAGAGCUGGACGAACCUAUCCAAUUGUAAAUUCUGGUAG